GCUCCCUCUCCCUCGACACACACCACACACACACUCUCUCUCUCUCUCUCUCCUCUCGCUGUCUCUCUUUCGCUCUCUCAGCCUCUCGUCAUUUUUGCUGUGACAGUUUCAUCAGAGGAGGCUCCCGGACGGUGUUUCUCGCCAUUUAGAAAAACGCCAAGAGAAUAGCCUACCUGGAAGACCUACUCAUUACGGAUCAAAAAAUAACGGUGCUGAAGAGAAGUAUACAAUGGGAGGAUCCACUUCCAGCCUAUUGGAUGAAAACAAAUGCAAUUAUAUUCGAGGCCGAUCUGAAGCAGAGCUGAAGAAUUUCACACCUCACUACAAGUAUCAGUUUAUGGUUGCCUAUUUCAAGCAGCUUCAAGAUGAGGUAGAGCAGCACAAGGCAGUGCCAUCUCAGCUGCUCAAGCAAAGGGAAUCAACCAACCCCGAGCAAGUCAUUCAUGAGCAGGUGGUAUUGCACUAUGUCGAGGAUAUGAGGAAGUGGAAAGAACGAUACAUGGUGGUGAGAGCCAACUACAGCAUGGAGUGCCACGAGAGUCGAGAGGCAUUUCUGAAUGGAGCAAGUGCUAAAAGUCAAGUGCUGCCUACAGGAGGUGCUGUGCUCACUUGUGAGAAGGCCUACGCUGCUCUCGCAGACAAGUUUUUCCCUGAUCCAUCUGGGGUCAGUGAUGAGGCAUCUCCUCCAAUGGUGGCCAUGCCAGAUAAGUUUCCAGUCUACCUGUGGCAGCCUUACCGAAGACACAGUUACUUUUGCUUCCAAGAUGAACAGUCCCAGAAGAGUUUUACCACAAUCCUAAGAGACUGCAUUCGACACCAAAAUUACGAUUUCCAGAAACAAAAGACUUCUGAAGUUGUGGCUUUCUUGGAUUCGGUGAGGUUUUACAGACAAGAGAAAGGCCAUUAUGGAUCCUGGGAAAUGCUGGUGGGCACAGAUGUUCAGAUUAUGAGUCACCUGGUGAUGGAAGAACUGCUGCCAUCCCUCCAGACCGAGCUACUACCAAAGCUAAAGGGCAAAAAGAAUGAGCGGAAGAAAACCUGGUUUGCUACUGUGGAGGCAGCCUUUGGUGUUGUUCAGGACCAGAUAUCUACAGGCCUCACUGCUCUUCAGGACGAAUGCCGGACAGCUGCCAAGAAUCAGGAAGGACAGAUUCGCUCCGAUAUGGAUCAGAUUAUCAACUCCAAGAACUUCCUUGCUGAGAAGCUCAAAGCUACUGUCACCGAACAGGCCGUCAAGUGUUGCAUGGACUCUGUGCAGCCCUACUUGUCUUCCAUACUUGAAGAACUAAUGGGGCCCAUCAGCUCUGGAUUUGGUGAUAUACGGUCCCUUUUUGAAACAGAGAUUAAUCGAACUAGCAAGGGUUUCCAAGCCAAAGGUGACAUGGAGCAGCUCAAGCAGGAUUUGGCAGAAUUAAAUCUGAUGCCUGUAGCGUCCCCAAAGAUGCAACCCUGCUAUCAACAGGUGGAGGUCCUUGGUGAGCAGCUGCAGGAGCUCAGAACACGCUUUAAGUUCUCCAACACUGAUCGCCUUGUUCAGAAUUCACAAAACUACAUGCAAAAGCUUAUGGACAAAGUCAUCUUCACGUUUGAACAACUGCUCUCACAUUCCCUACAAGGAGACUCCUCUCAGAUCGUCUCCGCCAUCGAGAGGGUUAAGCAGAGGGUUGUAAAGCAAUAUGAUUAUGACAGCAGCACCAUCAGGAAGAAGCUGUUCCAGGAGGCACUCAUAGAAAUAACGCUGCCCACAAUGCAGAAGAGCCUGGCGCCCACCUUCAAACCUGAGCUUCAGAAGUUUGAACAGUACAUUUUUGCUGACUACACAAACUUCAUUCAAGUGGAAAACGUCUACGAAGACAUUCUACUGCAGAUUUUACUGAGUGAAAUUGACAAAGUGGUACAAGAAGCAGCAAGCCUAAAGAAACACAACCUCUUUGAAGAUAAUGCUGACUUCUCAUGUGCAAGUCAGUUCAGUCUGGCAGAUAAGCGAACACCACCAGGAUCACUUCCUACAGGUCUUGGUAAACCUAUGAAUCUUCCUGAAAAUCUCACUCCUGCGAAGCAGAAUGAGGGCAUUCUGAAAAAACAAGAACAGAUUGCUAGUGUAGAUCCACCUGCUUCCGAUGUGCUAGAGAGCUUUGCCUCCACUACAGACCAGAUGCCGAGACCUGCCAUCAUUGAGCAUGAUCCAAAUGCAGCAGCAAACAGAGAGCCUGUACAGGAGAAUGCACACUCUGACAUUCCCCAGCAGCCACUACUUUCCAACACUGAGAAAGAUCCAAAUGCAACAAACAAUGGAGAACCUGUGCUGGAGAGUUCAGCUCUCACUACAACCAAACAGCCAGACCUCUCCAUCAUCGAGAAUGACCUAAAUACAAGUAGCAUUGAUUCUAUGAUAGAGGAUAUGACCUGCACUAUAAAACAACCAGCAGAACCUUCCAAUAUCAAGGAUGAUUCAAAUUCAGCAACAAACAUAGUAUCUGUGCCAGAGAGCAUGGUUCAUACUGUAAAGCAGUAUGCAGAAGUUUCCAUCAGUGAGUGUGAACCAAAUGCAUUGACAAACACAGAGUUACUGCCGGAGAGUGUGACCCUCACUAUAAACGAGACGCCAGAAGCCCCUAUCAUCGAGAAUAAUCCAAAUGUAACAACAAACAUUGAUAUUAUGGUAGAAAGCGAUGCCACCAUAGUAAACCUGCAGCAAGAAAUUUCAAUCAUCGCGGCUGAUCAGAAUGAAGUGACAAGCAAAGAUUCUGUUUCAAGUCACAGUGAGACACUGAACUUGGAGAAAAGCACUGAUAACAUACACGAUAAUGAAAACGGAGGUGCUAUACAUGAGGAUACGCUCCAAAGCCAGCAAGAAGCUCCAGAUAGUGUCAACGAAAUUCGAGAACUUAUAUCAAUGAUAACACUAGUCAAUACAGAGGAAAAAGAAGAGCCAUUAACGGUAGAAGACACUGGAAAGGAGAUCAUCAUAGGAGAUGAGAGCCAAGCCUUGGUGGAGGAAAAAGCUGCAAACAAUGAGUCACUAGAGGAGAAAGCAAAGGAUUUAAUUCAGUAAAUACAAUAAGGGCUGAAAUUCAAAUUUCAAUGAACGUGUUAGCCUAUUAAUCCAUUGUUACUGAAAAACCUAAAUUGGUAUUUUACAUGACAGAGCACCUAUUUUUAUGCUGUUAUAUAGCUGGACACACUUAAGAGUCUAAAAAAGAAAGACACCAUGAAAACAUGUUUUGUCUUUUAGGUUACUUUCUUUUUAAACAAAUCAUGGCUGAUAAAAGUAUUAACAGUAAACCAUCAAAAGAAAUCAAAGCAGCACAGGUGGCAAGGUGUUUAGUACUGUUUCUCCAAUGCUCCAGCAAAAUAAUUCCAAUUCUUAUUCCACUUAUUAUCUGUCAAGAGUUUGCUCCUGUUUAUGUGGGUUUUCCCCUCAUCACAGAGACAUGCUAUUGGGAUUCAUGGUGACCUUAUAUUGGUCCAGCAUGAAAGUAAGUGUGUGUGUGUGUGUGUGUGUCUGUGUUUGUGUGUGGUAUUGUAUCCAAGGGGGGCUUACCUGCAAGUAAAAAAGUAGGGUUUGAAAAAAUAUGGACAUAUUAAUUUAGUUUUCCUAGACUGAGAUGAGAUGCAUUUGUUGGUAUUUCAAUGUGCCUAUAAAUUAUUUUUUGACAAGUCUUUUAUAACUGAAAUUCUUUCACAUCUAUUUAGAAAAUAACCAUUACAUAAUUGUUGAUGAAACUGGAUUGCCAGUUAUGGAAAUGUAUAGAGCAGCUGUGCUCCAAGAACAUUCCCAUGGAACAAGCCAAAGAAAAUGUGCAAUUCUACUGGUGUUGUCUCUUCAUCCAAACUCUUUUGUACCAACAUUGAAUCCAGUCGUUUUAGAUAUGACUACAUACAAAGUACACUUUUUUAUGAAAAUAAAAAUGAACAUUUAAUGCAACCAGGAAAGAAAUACAGCUGAAUACAAGUUCUUAGUCCUGCAUAAGAGACUGAAUGCAGUGAAAAUCAGAAGCCUAGUCUGAAAAAUCGAAGAGAGAUUUGAAGAGAAAUUUUACAUUCUUCAGUUGGAAAAACAUGCCACUUACCGUUCUUGAAUGUUGAAGUGAGUGAGAGAGCAAACAGAUAUUGAGAUCUGAAUCAUGUUUUGAACAACAAUGUUAUUAAGAAUA